AGUCUCGCAGCGCCAGACUGCGAGACGGACGGGCCGGACUCGUUGCACCGCGAUGGAUCCGCAAGAACCGGCGGCGCCGAAGCCAAAGCUGAAGCCCAGAAUCAACCUGAACGUGUCACAACUUCCCCCUAGGCGAUUUACGGCUGCUACUGCGGCAAGAAACAGCAGUAGCAACAGCAAUGCGGAGUCUCAAUCGGCGAUGACGGCGACAGGUGCCCCCGUACCUGCACCUGACGCUCCGUUUCAGACCCCCUUGCGAACUCAAUCCGCUACCGACGUGAGAUCAACAAUUAUUCGCAGCUCGCACUUCAAGACUCCACCACCUGCACCAAGCGAGCAACGUGUUGCUUCUGUGUACAACACAACGGAUACGUCGCCAUCGGCUGCCCAGUUCAACACUACUCCAUUCCGGUCCGUUUCAUCCAAGUACGGCCUUAUUGAUCCGUUGACACCGAGCAGUCGAUUGACGCUUGAUACGGUGGUGGCGCAAGGGCGUAGCCAGGAAACGUUCUACCCAUCGGCAGAAUUAAUGCCCUCCACCAUUCGACCCGACGAGCCAUUGAGUCCAAAUUCCGCCCUGCUUAGUACGUUGGAUGCAGUGAGUCAACUUUCCAUCGGAUCAUCCAAGAACUCGACACACUUUGAGAACCCUCCUGCACGAACGACAUACACCCCCCCGGCUUCACUGAAUAUGAGCAGCAGUUCCAGCUCGUUCAUAAAGCAGCGCACGACAACAUUCACGACAACCCAAGUUAGCAUCGCAUCGUCCAACCACCCGACGCACGUGCUACGUUUGGGUACGGGGGAAAACGGAAACGGCGGGGACAUUAUGUACUUGUCGACUCGGAUUCGCAUUCGCGCCGGCAACAUCCAUUGCUUGCGUUGUCGGACAACCGUCAACUCUGGGACCGGCCAACACAUGUCCACAGUGGACGCAAGCGGCAGCGGGUUUGACCCUGAUGAAAUCUUUGUCCUCGUGAACGUCACACUGCGCAGCGACGAAGGACGCGUCAAGUACUCCGACACAGUCGCGAUCUACUGCAUCUCAGGGGCAUCCAAGGGUCGAUUCCUGUCCGUGGAUGGGUCUCGGGGUGUUACGACCAAAAAGGGUCCCAUCAUGUCGAACGCGGAAAAGUGGCGACUUGGCGAGCGGGACGACUUUAAGCACAGUCACCUGUCGCACUUUGGAGACACAUCUGGAGGCCUGGACGAGUCACUGGCGACGCUGGCGCCGGCCGUGCGGAAUGCACAGCGGACGCUGCAGUCUGGGGACCGCGUGUGUCUAAAAGCGUACGCGGGGUCGUAUUUAUUGUGUGCGGACAAAGGCGUCGUGGGGCUCCGAGAAAUCGGGAACGAGCACUCGACCACGUUUGAAUGGGAGAUUACAAAGGCCAGUAUUCCUUACAACCCGCCUUGGAAUCGUGACCGCGCCUUCUUGACCGGUGCGUUUGUCCUGGAGCCGACCGACGACGUCGCGGAACCGGUCCAGUCGUUGCAGCAACUGCCGUUGUCGGUGCAGGAACGGUCGUUGGUCGACGACAUUUUGUACGUUUUGCUCGGGAUCGAAGGCCAAUACAUCAAGAAGCAAGACAUCAAGCGGCCAGCCGUCGCCCACUACAACAUUCAACUGCCGACCCGCGUGUACAGGGAUUUGUCGGUUGAAAUGUACGAGCACCUGCACUUUGUUGUCGAUCCUGCGUUGACCGACCCGUCUCUGGCGUCGUUGGCGCGAAAGAUUGUGCUGCUGGGCGAGUUCUAUAUCCACGUCACACAUUACGUUGAGACCCACACGCGAUACGAGUACGGUCAAGUGUGCCAUGCCUUUUGUGCAGCUCUGAAGGUGCUCAUCCGGGAGUACACAGUCGUGGUGGCGCAACUCGAGCAUUUGGCGCUGCAAGGCGGCUUGACCUUGUCAAAAGUGUGGUUUUACAUCCAGCCCAGCAUGCGUGCGAUGGAAUUCCUUAGCACGUUGGUCCGGUCGUGUCUGGGCCAUCACGGCGGUGCGCUCCUCACCGUCAUCGCACAAUUGCCGACAUCUGGCGAUGCCAAAGCCACAUCUGUGUUGCACUUCCUUCUGGAGAAAGCGUCGGUGCCGUAUUUGAAGAUGCUCGAGUUAUGGAUCUACUGCGGCGACCUCCACGACCCGUACGACGAAUUUAUGGUCGCGUCGGACGAUACGCUCGUGAAAGAAGAACUCGGCGAGGACCCUUGGUCCAAAUACUGGGAGCAGCGGUACACAUUGCGAGACGCCCACGUCCCGCUGUUUCUCACGCGGUUUUCAUACAAGAUUUUGACUACUGGCAAAUACUUGAACGUGCUGAGGACGUGUGGUCGGCACGUGAAUUGCCCGUUUGCAGCUGCAAUCACGCAUGCCGAAAGUGUGCGCAAAUACGACGAACUGAUUGAGAAUGCCCACGGGUUUGCAAGUCGAAUUCUGGUCGAUAUGCUCCGGAAUGAACAGGACUUGAUGAAGCGAUUGCGGUCCAUCAAACAUUACUUCUUGAUGGACCAAGGCGACUUUUUCGUCGACUUUAUGGACUUGGCCGAAACCGAGUUGAAUCUGCGCGCCGACAAGCUCCUCGCGUCCCGAUUGGAGUCGCUUCUGCACUUGUCCCUCCAGAGUUCCACGUGCAGUUCGGAUCCGUACAAGGAUGAUCUUGUGUGCCUGCUGUCCCCGCACGACCUCAUUUCACAAAUGGAAGCGAUUCACGAACGGUCUCAAAAAGUUGGUCGUGCCCCGCUCUCGACGUCGAUCGCGUCGUCUCUCAACGACCCAGGGUACAAGGCGAUCGAUGCCUUGACAUUGGACUAUAAAGUGUCCUGGCCGUUGUCGCUCGUCAUUUCAUCUGGCGCCCUGAACAAGUACCAGAUGAUCUUCCGACACUUGUUUUUUUGCAAACACGUCGAGCGACGGCUUUGUGAUGCGUGGCGCAAUCAUCAGUCAACCAAGGAGCUGGCGCUGCGGUCGGCCUUGAUGACGUCGUAUUGCCUUCGUCAACGCAUGCUGCAUUUUCAGCAGAAUUUCGUCUACUACAUGAUGUUUGAAGUAAUUUCUCCACGAUGGCACGCGCUCGAGAACCAAUUGAUGACGGAAAUCACAACCGUUGACGACAUCCUCAAUUGUCACCGCGACUUCCUCGACCAGUGUUUGAAGGAAUGCUUGCUGACGGACCCAGACCUUCUCCGCGUCCUCACCAAACUCAUGACGGUGUGCCUGACGUUUGCCAACGGCAUUGACCGGUUCACCAAGCCAUAUCGACUGGACGAAGAAGCGAUUCGGAACGAACGCGAAGCCGAACGUGAUCGCCGCGCUGACAAGAAAGCACGUGAUGAAGCAGAUGCGAUGUUGAACCCGUCGCAGAAACUCAAGACGCGUCGAACGUUGUCGGCAGCAGCGCCUCGACGAAACUCGGGUGUCGACUUGCGCCGCGCUCGUCUCAAGGAUUUGUCGGAUGACGUGAGGCAGGCACUGACGGGCGAGUUGUCCCCGUUUGUGCGAAUGACGGCUGAACUCGAAGUCCAAUUCGACACAUUGCUGGCCGAGUUCAUGCAGCAGCUACUCCACCGCUCACACUUGCAGUACAACUCGCAUUUGUCCAACUUAUGCACCCGGUUGGAUUACAACGGGUUUUACACGCAAUAACGAUAGAGACCAACUUGAUGAAGUCGUGCCUUUUGGUGUUGGACCGGUGGGCCUCUCGUUAAUUUACACAGCAAAAAGCGCGCUGGAGCGUGUUUGCGCAAGCUCUCGUAGAGACUACCCAAAGAGCCGUGGGGCAGGAAACAUUGGGACGAGGCGAGGCAUAUCAAA